GCGCGGCGGCAGCAGCAGCAGCAGCAGCAGAAGCCCUGUCAAAUCACAACGGGGGAGGCGCACAGGCAGAGCACUUACAUAAAGAUCCUCCGAGGACUUUUUAGGCUCCUUUUAACGUCUAAAAGUCACGGUAUUCGCCGUGAUCCGGUGUGGAAAUACGUAAACGUCGGGAUUAUGGAAAGUUGCGAUAGUUUGCUAACGUCUGCCGGGCGUUUGGAGUAGCUAAAGACAACAAAAAGUCGUUAUUUUUCGCCCCAGCUCAGAUGCGCACGAGUAACGUUACGCUAAAGCAGCAGAGGACGGACGUUACGGGGAUUUUACCGUCAUUUUUCCGCUUUAUAUAGUCGUUUUCUUUCAAGGGAUGUGAUUCUUGAGAACACGUUUGGACCUGUUAACGUGUAACGUUACAUAAAGCCCGGGAUAAAGCCACUUAUUUUUACAUUUUGUUUUUUUUUUUAAACUUUGUUUGCUCUGAAGUCAGCAUGCUGGCGAACACGGCGCUUUAUGCGGCGAAGAAACGGAAGAAGCCGGUCCAGAAAAUCCCCAAACCGCCACCUCCCGAUGGCGUCAAGUCAAACCCAUCCAAACGCCACCGCGACCGGCUCAACGGCGAGCUGGACAAGCUCACCAGCCUGCUGCCCUUCACCGAGGACAUCAGGGCUCGGCUGGACAAGCUGUCUGUGCUCCGCCUCAGCGUCGGGUACCUGAAGGUCAAGAGCUACUUCAAUGCCACCAUGAAGAAAGGCCAGAACGGCUCCAGCUGGACCAGCGAGCGGAGCCUGAUGUUCGGGGGAAACGUCCAGAACACUCUGACUCCAUCCUCCUCAACCUCCACCUCCUCGGCCUCCUCCACCCAGGUGACCUCCAUCGACGGAGUCAGCUUCUCUGAGGGGGACCUGCUGCUUCAGGCGCUGAACGGCUUCGUGCUGGUGGUGACGGCUGAAGGCUACAUCUUUUACACGUCGCCCACCAUCCAGGACUUCCUUGGCUUCCACCAGUCGGACGUCGUCCAUCAGAGCGUGUUUGAGCUGAUCCACACGGACGACCGAGCUCUGUUCAGACGGCAGCUUCACUUCGCUCUCAACCCAAACUCCGGCCAGCAAGAUGGCGCCGCAGAGAGUCCCAGUGAGCAGGGCUCUGCGGAGAUCAGCAGCAACGUGAUGACCUAUGACCCCAAGGCCAUCCCUCCAGAAAACUCCUCCUUCCUGGAGAGAAACUUCUGCUGCCGCUUCCGCUGCCUGCUCGACAACUCCUCCGGCUUCCUGGCCCUGAACUUCCGCGGCCGCCUGAAGUUCGUCCACGGUCAGAACCGGCUGUCUGAGGACGGGACGUUGGUUCCCCCGCAGCCCGCUCUGUUCUCCAUCGCCACGCCGAUGCAGCCGCCGUCCAUCCUGGAGAUCCGCGCCAAGACGCUCCUCUUCCAGACCAAACACAAGCUGGACUUCACUCCGCUGGGCAUCGACACCAGAGGGAAGGUGGUUCUGGGUUACAAUGAAAUAGAGCUCUGCAUGAAAGGCUCAGGCUACAGCUUCAUCCACACUGCAGACAUGAUGUACUGCGCCGACAGCCACGUAAGAAUGAUAAAAACCGGAGAAAGCGGUUUCACCGUCUUCAGGCUUCUGACCAAAACCGGGACGUGGGUCUGGGUCCAGGCCAACGCCAGGCUGGUCUUUAAAGGAGGGAAACCAGACUUCAUCGUGGCCCGGCAGAGAGCUUUGACAAAUGAAGAAGGGGAAGAGCAGCUGCGCCUCCGUCGGCUGCAGUUGCCGUUCAACUUUGCCACUGGAGAGGCGUUGCUGUACGAUGUAGCUCCGACCGUUGGCGUCCCCGACCCCUGCUCCCUCCCCAAGCAGAGGAAGUUAGAACAGUACUCCGUCAGCCCCAACUCCUUACUGGGCUGCAUGCUGAGUCAGGACCAGUCCGUCUACUGUGAACACACCAAUGCCGACACCAUCAGCACCCUCAAUGACGUCGCCUUCAAGGACACCCACGCCACAGUCAACGUUCCUGGAGAUGUCUGGCUGGACUCGACACCCAAACCUGCUGUGGGAAGCCUGGUGAAGAUCGAGGCCACAGUUCAGGACAUGAUGGACACCCUGCAGCAGAUCCUCGGGGACAGCGACCUCACAGACGUCCUGGACGUGGGGCCUGACGAGCUCAAGAGCUGGGAGAGUACCCUGCUGAAGAUGAGUGCCAGCAGCUGCGAGAUGAGCGAAGACCUGAACGACAUUCUCAACAACGACAUCCUGUCUUACGUAGAGGAGCAGCUCCAAAGGGAGGGCGGCCUCAAGUUGCCAGAUCAGCUGGAUGACAUACCACCCUGCCUCUCCACUUUGGAGCUCCAGAACCAAGAUCCCGACCAGGGUGGGGAGCAGAACUUCAGCUGGCCUCUGGAGCCCCAGAAUCAGCUGAUACUAAAUGGAGGGCAGAUGAUAGCGGAACAACCAACUCCAGUCUUGCGGAUGAUGAAACUGAGCCACAUGGAUGUUCCUCAGUUGAGUUCUUCUGGUUUAAACGGUCCAACUCUUCAGCAGAUUGCCUCACAGCAAACUUCUCUUGGUCUUCAACUGGGCACCACAGGCAACAUUGGCGCUCCAGUUGCCUUCAACCCCUCCGUGGUGGACUCUUACGCUCAAACACAGAACCACCUGAGAACCUUACAAGUUACUGCCAAGGACACCAACCUCGGAGCAUACUCGCUCAGGCAAACUUCAACCAAUCAGAUUCACUCCAACCAAAUGGCUCAACCAAUCCAGAACCACCUUCAGAUGAGGAUGCCCAACCUACCAAUCAGCCUCCAGGACCAAAGCGCAGAAAGACAGUUAAAUACUGUGUUUAACUUUCAGGGCAACCAUCGGAACUCCUCAAAUCAAGCAAACUUUGCAGAAACAUACACCCAAAAUAUUUCAAACAAACCAGGUUUUACCGCAGAUCCUUCCUCGUCUAGCUGCUUGCAGGGCCACUUUGCACUUCAGACACAAAACAAUGAGAAUCAGGAACAGUCUUGGGCGCUGGAGCAGCAGCUGAUCUCAAGUGGACACCAACAAAUGGGCACCUGCCUCAGCCAAGUGUCAGGAUUUCAGAAGAAUCCUCUUCUUGGGGUCGUCGCGGGCCAGAACGCUGUCAACGGCAGGCCAAUGUUCAGGACUCCAGAGACUUCAAAUGUACCAUAUUCUGUUCAGCAGAACAUGGAGACGCCACCCCUGGCACCUUCUAGAAGUUGUAUGUUUAGAAAUGCCCCCCCCUCGGUUCCUGUAAAUGGAGUGCACCUCAGUCAAGUGUCCGCCUGCCAGAGCCUGAACCCUGUCAGCAACCAGAUUCCCUCCAAGCCCUCCUGUUUCUAUCAGAGUCUUCCUGGAGGUGGAUCUGGGCCAGGGAUGACGGCUAUCCCGAACCCCGAUGAAGCAGCGCUGUCCUGCCAAAUGGCCGCUGGUCUCGACCCGGACGGUCUGCUGGUGCAACAACAGCAGUACCUAAACUUCAAUGAACAGACACAGAUCAACAGCCGUCCAGUCGUCGGGAACGGAGGUUUCCCCUUCUCCUCGCUGCCCAAUGGGAACGUAUACUACUCAGAGAACAAAUAGGAAUAAGCCGCUGUGACUUCAGGAUGGCAGUAGAUCCCGACUCGGACUGAAACGGCACUUUAGCAAAAGACUCCUGUCUCUAAACAUGAAUGGAGUGGAGUAGACUGAAGAACAGAAAUGUGCCCAAGAAGGACGAGGAGACAGAACAAGACGCCUCUCCUUCUCUUUUUUUUUUCUCAUUCGGAAAACAGUGACGGAUGCUUUAAGAGUUAAAGUGUUUGGUUCAGGAUGGCAGCUCUUUGUUUCGAGGAAGAGAAGGAAAAGAAAGAAAAAUCAGCUUGGAGUUUGGUUUGUUUUUUGUCAAAGAAAAAGUGUUGAUCCCCUCUUUGGAGCUGGUUGGAUUGUACCAAAAAAAAAAGAAAGAUAACGGAUGACCAAAAUCGGGAUAUCUGAUGUUUUUUUUGCUACGCCUACGUUGAUGGAGGAGAGUUUGGCUGCAGCUGGUGUAAUCACUCAUCGUCAGCCAAUCAUACAACAGUACUGUCCCACUGUUUCCCAUGAUUGCAUCACAUAAGUAACGUGUGACAUAAUGUCUCCAAAAUGUCCAAAUUAUUUGUCAUCUGUUUAUAAGCGCGAAUAUUUAGAUGUAUGGGAAUCAGAAACGAUCUCGUCCACUACAUGAGAGUCAGCUGUGUUUGUUUAGCAGUUAACCAAAUCAACUCCUCAGUCCUCAUCGCUUUGCGUUUUCUCUUGUAAAACCCACUCAUACUGUAUGAAAACACUUCCCGACAAAGCCUAAAGCUGACCUUCUUCUUCUUCUCCUCUUUCCAAGCUGUGGUGGGCUCAUUACUGCCCCCCCUGUGGCCGGAGAGCACAAAACACCCACUGCACCUACGCUUGUUGUGGGUGUUUUUCCCCCACUGGCCACACGGGGCUGCAUUGAGCUCAUUCAACACUGGAAAACAAACUCGGACAAAUGGCACUACGGUGAAAUGUAUGCUUUACAGACACUGACGGCGAAAGCAGAGAUGUUUGGGUUGUUCCCACCAUCAGGUGAAGGUAGUCUGUGUGAAUGUGGAAGUUAUUUAGUCUCAAAACGCUCCUGGUGGCAGAAGCAGGAACAGCAUGUUGGAUUUUAUGAGGCUGGAGGUGUGUGAAACUGGUUAUGACUCAGUGUUUUGGAAAAACUAACAAUAACGUCAGAAAUAAACAUCAGAAUGGAUCGAGCUAACAGAGAUCGGCGGGGUGGCGGCUCACCAUCGGCCCUGUGUAGGGCAUGGCCGCUUUGUCUUUAGAGGUCAAAGGUCGGUCUGCUGACGGCAUGCCGCUCAGAACUGAAGCAGAAAAUAAGGAUUUAAUGGAGUGAAAGAUUUAAACACGUCUGUUAAAACAGUUUUUUUUAGAUAACAACGCAUAUUUUAACAUGUCACAGACAUUACAGUGUUACACGCCAGUUGGCGACUUGUUUUUCCCUCCGCCGCCUGCAACCUGGAUUUGUGUGUAGGACGAGUUUUCAAACUGUUUGUUUUACAAGAGAAAAGACUUCAAGGGUGAGGACAGAGUGCGAGGUUUGGUAAAUUGCUCUCCACCUCCAGUAAAGAGACCACAUCCUGGUCUCCCACACAGCGGACGAGACACACGUGAAUGAAAGUUAAAAGAAAGAACGCUAAGACAACCUCCUGUUAAUCCACAAACACGCCACCCUACUCCCUAUUUUCUAUUUUGAGCGCUCAGAAGGAUAAAAUAUAUCUCCCCUUUUUUUUUGGGCCUGUUUUUGUCCUUUUGAAAAUGCGUCUUGAUUAAGUUCAUUUCAACUCUUUACUGUCCCAGAGAGGGAGAUUUGCUUUGCAGACAGGGUAUAAAUAAAAAAAACAAACAAACAAAAAAAAAAAACGCACAACAUCACAGCCAAAAUCCUACUAAGAGAUGAUUUUUACGAUUGAAACACGAGAUGAUUCAGUGAAAACAGCUGCUUUGUUAGUGUUUAUAUAUUUUAAAAGCAUUCAGUCAGAGCUUUUUGUUAUUGAGCCAGUUUUGUUUCUUAAUAUUUUUUCUUUUCUUUAAUAUUUCUGUUGUUGUUUUCCUGUUGUAGGGGAGAGAAAAUACAGACGGUGCCUUAAACUGACAGAACUGUUUGAAACUUUAAAGGGACAGUCUGUUGACAUUUUUAAACAUUUCCACCGGGAAUAUUAGCAAAGAAGGCGUAGUGGAUAAAUGACCGAAACCAAAGUUAAACUUGCCCUUGCCUUAACUUCACCAAGCCAAUUGUUGAGAUUGUUUGCACUAUUCCUUUAAAGUGUUUGGACUUGCCAAAGCACAGUGAAGAGGAAAUAAUUCACGCAUCCUUUGUCUGAGCUUUAUUGCAAAAAGAAAUUCCUUAAGCAAGUGUUUCAUAACUAAAUUUGCACAAAUUAAGAUGAUUUCAGUACUUUUAACAGACUGGAUCCUGCAGAUUUGAUAGACAGUGGAUCAUAAACGCAUUAUUAUGGCUUAUUUGAAUAGAACUCAACUUAAAUGAAUACUUUUUUAAAUGAGAAUUGUUUUUGUUUUUUUAAAUAAAAAGAUUUUCUAACUAAACCUGUAAAUUAAAGACCAGGAUGUUAAUCAGUCUCUCUGUAAGACACUGCUUGUUAAGAGUGGACCCCUUUAUUCAUAUUUUCCACAACAAAUUUCCGUCCUCUUCCUCUUUCCUCUUUCUGUCUUUGUGGUUAAUUUAUCGACGUUCUCGCUCGGACCCGGAGUAUCGACGAUUGUCCGGCAGCGAAACACAGAAGUAAAUCGGUUAAAGGCAGCUAUUGUAUAUUUUAAAUGAGGGAAAAAUGAACACACACAAAAAAAGGGGGGGGUUGAAAACUUCAAGUGCCUUUUAAUUGACCUCUUUAUGAUUGUCUGUUAAAAACAACACGAUUCAGCACUUAGAUUGAAAAGAAACACCGUGAGAAAGCCUCAAGCUGCAAGAAACGUGCGUCGCUUCAUCCAGUACUGAGCCACGAAAUCAGAUUUUUGUCCAAGCAAUUAGUUAUCAGCACUUGUGUACUUUUUAAAAAAAAAAACAAUUCUCCUAGAGUAAGUAGUUUUCAGCUGAUUUUAGAAGCUGCAAAAGGCAAAAAAGUAGAGACAGCAAACUUGAAUAUUUGACUUAAAUACCAAAAAAAGAAAAGUCAGUAAAGCCAACUGUGAUGCUUUAUUCUCGAGGAUACCAAAGGGACAAGACGGGAUGCAGAUUUCCUGCUGUUUCCCAUCAGAAAUGGAAACACAGAAAAUUAUUUCUGCACAUAAAACAGCAGGAAAUAGACCAGAAUGAUUGUAGUUGUGGUUUCACGAAGUGUGAAAAUGUUUUAAUAUUCACAAACUAGAAUUACGCUGCGUUCAUGUCAAAUGGGAGUUACCGUAAUUAACAGUUUCCAACUGUUUAAAAUAGCCUUCGACAUCCAAAGUCGCACUUAAAACUGGGAAUUUUUCUGACAACUUCUAACAAUCCAACUUGGUUUUUAAUAAUGCUUCAAAAGACAAACAAAUAUGGCCGCCUCACAUCAGUCAUUUGAGGUAAUAAAAUCCAAAUUUUAUGGGCAUAGUGUUAUAUCAUCAAUGCACAGUAUUUUUAUCUCUCACAGGACCAACUCUACGAUCGCACAACCCUUUUUGAAUCAGCAGCUAUUUUGAUGAUCAAUUAAUCGUUUCAGUCCAUUUUUAAGCAAAAAAUAGUGACAAACGUUCCCUAGUUGCUGUUUUUCUUUGUCACAUCAUCGUUAAUUCAAUAUAUUUGGGUUUUUGACUGUUGGUCAAACAAAACAAGACAUUUUAAUGGGCAAUGGGGCACUUUUUCACAUUUUUUUUUUUUUUUACAUCUUAUAGAUUAACGAUUAAUCGAAAAAAUAAAAAGUAGAACAAUCGAUAAUGAAAAUAAUCCUAAAUUGCAGCCUUAAAUACGUUUACCAACUCUACCAUCCAUCUCAUCAUACAUACAUAUAUAUAUAUAUAUAUAUAUAUACAUAUAUAUAUAUAUAUAUAUAUAUAUAUAUAUAUAUAUAUAUAUACACUAUAGUAUAUAUAUCAAACUGCAAGCUGAACUUCACAAAUAUUACUUAUUUUAGUUUUCCUAGAGCUAUUUCAUCACCACCAAAAAUUUAUAAAAACUUUUCCCAGCUGUGAACAGCUCCUCCGUUUCCUUUGUGCAAUGCAUUGUGGGAAAAUUGUGCGUUCUCUUUCUACUUAAUUUUGUCACUUUUGAAUGUAGUAUAGAUUUGGGACACACCAUAUGACGUGAACGCUGCAUUAGCAACAAGCACCUGCCCCCUUCUCUUAGAGUUGUUGAAAGGCAUUCUGGGUAAUGUAGUAAACCACUAACUGCGGUAGAAGUAAAGGAGGCAGUUAAGAUUGCUUUGGCUCGAUUUUCACAAGAGUUUCAAGGGCUUAAUUUCAGGCUCAAAAUGUCAUAAAAUUUAAUCAUUUUUGCGUUUUAAGAUAAUUCGGUCGUUAUCGAAUUAAUCUCGUCAAACAGAAACAAAUUCUCAUCAUUUUCUUAUAUAAAAGAAGCACGGAGGAGAAAAUGGUGCAUCUUACACAGAAGUAAGUAUUUGAAAUGAUUUAGUGCAAGAAUUCCCUUUAAAAGCUUGUAGUGUAUUUACCAAAUGUACUAUAUUACUGUAAGUAACUUAACUAUUACAGUAAAUCUACAUUUAUACAGGACAACAUGAUGACUGUGACAGGAAAUAAUCAAACAGUAAACACUACAGAAACUCAGUACAACAUUUGGACAGUAAACAAAGGGAAAGGAGUGUGUUGUAGUGGAGUGAGCCUGUGAUUUAGUGUUUUGCAUUUAAAGAUAAGAAUCUGUGAAAAUGGAGUCAAAGCAAUUGUAAACUAAAAAGAAGUGAAUUAUAUUAAAGCAUCGCCAAAUUUCUCCCCCAUGCAGGUCACCGUUGGUGUUUUUGUGAACUUCAACGCAUCGGCAGCGAGCUUAGAGGACGCGUUUGACAAUUCGGUGGUGCGAUUAGGCGCUUUAACAAAAUCACCAAGUGUGCCUUGACAGCAGAUUCACCAAAAAAUCGUAAAUUUGACCAAAAAUCAUCACAGGCGGAUGGCAUUUAUCAACACAGGCUGAAUUUAUAAGACUCAGUGCAAAGUGAGGCGCUUUUAUCGGAGGUGUGUGAUUUCUCCGGAGCGCUUUCAUAGAAAUAUAAAAAUAUCUUGUUGCUUGCUUCUAGAUUUAAAAAAAAAAAAAAAAAAAGCCUUUGUACUUACUUUCAUUGUUAAAAUCCCAGGAAGCCAAGGCUCCAAAUUGCAGUAUCUUUGUGUACCUGUAUAUAAAUAUAUAUAUUUGUCUUUCCCAAAAUACAUAUUGUCAUAUAUUGUGUAUUUUAAUUGCCUUAACCUGACUCACGCCUAUCAUUUUUUGUACAUUUUCUGCACAGCAUAAACAUAUGUAACCUCUUGUUAUGAUGUUUUUUUUGUAACUUUUCAACUUAUUAUAUCUUGUGGAUUUGCCUUCAAUAUUUUGCCUUUAUUAUCAGUAUAUGAGUGUUUGAGUCAAUCUUUUCAUGCUGACCAUAUUAAAGGUGAUCUGAUCACA